AACCCAUAACAAAAUUCAGCAGGUGUUCAGCUUCUUUUACCUCUGGAGCCGUUUGCCGCAUGCUUUAACCCAGCCUGCUACCUGCGCGCAUGGGUAUGAUUUCAAAGUGCCAAGUGGAGCGAGAGAGAAGGCGAAUAACAUGGUCAGGAGGGAAAUGCAUAAGGAAGCGCGACUGCGAGAAUAAAAGCAGGAAAUGGGUUUAAGAAGGAACAGGUUUGCAUUUCUUUGAGGAGCGGGGCUCGCGCUCCCAGCCCUUUCUUUUACUUUUCUCUUUCUCCCUUCAAUUGCCGCGGGAGACGAAAACUGCGGGGAACCAGAUCCAUUGGAAUCCGUGAUCCCGAAGAAAGAUGCUUAAAGUUUCAGAGGGAAGCCAGAGGAGGAGGAGGAGGGCGAAAGAGACGCCGAGAGAAGUCAGCUGACCGCUUUGGCUUCACGUGACGUCCCAGUCAACAUGGCUGCGCCCAGGCACAGGCCGCUUUGGUUCGCUCUCGCUUGCUGGGCUGUGUGGCUCCGCGCCGCCGUGUGCUUGGAGGGAGGCCAAGGCACUUGUGGCUGCAGCAGCGCCAACCGGGCCAGCGGCGAAGAAGCAGCCGCGAGGAAGUACUCCCUGGAGGCGAAUGUCGCCCAUCAGCCAAGAGGCGGGCCGGAAAGCCCGCAAUGGAAAGAGGAGGGCAGGCAGAUGGCCUCUAUUCCAGCCGGAGUGUUCACGAUGGGAACUGAUGAGCCAGCUAUACAACAAGAUGGAGAGUCACCCGCCAGGAGAGUCCACAUUGACCAUUUCUUCAUGGAUCGCUAUGAAGUCAGCAAUGCAGAAUUUGAGAAGUUUGUGAAUGCCACUGGCUACCUCACAGAGGCAGAAAGAUUUGGAGAUUCCUUUGUAUUUGAAGGUGUGUUGAGUGAACAAGUGAAGACUGGAAUUCAUCAAGCUGUGGCUGUUGCUCCUUGGUGGCUGCCUGUUAAAGGAGCUAACUGGAAGCACCCUGAGGGUCCCGAUUCUAAUAUCUCAAACAGAAUGGAUCAUCCAGUUCUUCAUGUUUCUUGGAAUGACGCUGUGGCAUUUUGCAGUUGGGCAGGAAAACGGCUACCAACGGAGGCUGAAUGGGAAUAUAGCUGUCGAGGGGGCCUUGAGAAUAGACUUUUCCCCUGGGGAAACAAGCUUCACCCAAGUGGUCGGCACUAUGCUAAUAUCUGGCAGGGAGAAUUCCCUACAAGCAACACUGGGGAAGAUGGAUACCAAGGAACUGCACCCGUAACAUCAUUCCCUCCUAAUGGUUAUGGCUUGUACAACAUUGUGGGAAAUGCCUGGGAGUGGACCUCAGAUUGGUGGGGUGUUAGGCAUUCUGCAGAUGAAACAUACAAUCCGAAAGGACCCCCAACCGGGACUGACCGAGUGAAGAAAGGAGGAUCCUAUAUGUGCCACAAGUCCUACUGCUAUAGGUAUCGAUGCACAGCCCGAAGCCAAAACACCCCUGACAGCUCUGCUUCGAACCUGGGGUUCCGCUGCGCUGCUGACACUCUGCCCGACUACUUAAAGUGACAAAGGCUGGCUGGCAGCUGUGGAGGACCGAAAGAUCUCACCCGAGGCAAGAAGCGCUUAAGGAAGAGAAGGACCUUGGCUCAGUGAAGGAUGUCUUGCUUGGAAAGAUGAAAAUUGAAAUGUUAAACUUUCUGCUUUAAUGAACCUUGGCGGGAGGGGGGAAACGGGCUGGAUUUCCAUUUGUGUUUCCGGAAAUCUAGCACUGAUGUAUGGAGUAUUAACUUUGAUUGUUAUACGUCUGGGAACUGAGAAGAAUUAUGGUCAUGAAUUGAGGGGGUUCUCUCUUAAUAAGGAAAAGAAAUGUUUAGAGGCAAUUGGCUUCAACUAGGAGAUGGAUUUACAAAAGCAGGAAGUGAAAUGCUGCUUUAUUUCUUUUAAUAAUUCAGUGUGUGGCUUCCAAGUGGCCCCCCAAUACCAGAUAUGGCCUUCAGUGGCCAACUUCCUGCAAUAUCGGAAUCAACUUUGGUUUAAUUAGCCUCAUGGAUUACAGUCCUAAAUAUGCAGGCAUCAGUGUAUACAGUUUGAAUUAGUUGCAAAUAUGUUUUCAUAGAGUGUGUAGAAUCCUUAUAGGAGCUACAAAUGACCCAAAUUAGAAAAAUGUGCACAAACAAUGCAUUUAAUGUUUCCAGUUUAUCCUUGUUGCCAAAUCUAUGGUACUUUCACUAAGGAAUGAAACCUAUAUACAUGUAGUUAGGAGUAAUGUUGGCAUUUCUGGACCAAAUGUGAUUGUUGGUUGAAUGAAAGGGACAUCUGAAGUCUUGGUGUGUGGAAUGAGGAGGGGUAGGGUGAAAAUCAGACACAGUGUACACCAGAGAUGGGAAACUUGGACCCUCUAGGUGUCUUUGGAUAUUUCCUACCAAACUGCCAUUGAACUUUUGCACAUCACUGACUUAUACGAAGGAUACUCCUUUUGCAGAACAGCAAAAAGUUCUUUCUCUAGUCAAUGGCCCUUUUGGGAGGAAAAUACAUAAAACAUAAUGAUAGGGGAAAUGAUGAUGCUUAAAUGUGCUAAUAUUGAGGCUUAAAUGUGCUAAUAUUGAGACCUAGCUAUAGAAUUUUGAAGCCGUUAACUAAUAUCUUUGAUGUCACUCGGUCUGAGAACAGCUGAUAAAGGUGGAAGCCAAAACGUUUUGCUGUAAGAAUUUAAAAUUUCUGUCUUGUUUCUAGUCACUAUAAAGUGUGUGUGUGUGUGUGUGUGUGUGUGUACACACUAGUCUUCUGGUUGUAAAUGGUUUUAACUUUUAACUUAUUUUGAUUCUGCAUUUUAUAUACAGGUAGUUGUAACCUACUUAGGAACCUUAUGAUGGGUAAGAAAUACAAUAAAUCAAGCAUAGCCAAUGAAGUGUGUUCCAGAUGUUUCUGGAUUAUAACUCCUGACAUUCAUGACCAUUGGCCAUGGGGCUGAUGGGAGUUGGAGUCUUAAGCACAUCUGGUGGGCACCAUGUUGUUAACCCCUGAAAUGCCAUUACUACUUAGGGAUAGAGAACCUAUGGCACUUCAGCUGUUGUUGAAUUCUAACUUCUGUCAUGCCUGACCAUUGGCUGCUGGGGGUCCAUCUGGUGGGCCACAAGUUCCCCACCUUUGACUUAAAAUGUUUCUAAUCAUAUGAAUUAAGCAUCUGUUAAUGCUAAGCAAGCUGGUGUGCUGUAAGCUUCUCACAUUUCAUGAUGUAAAAUACAUGGUUUUUAAAUUCAUUUAAUUCAA